CGUGACAACAAGGUGCAGGGCUGGAUGAACACAGCAGGCAGGGUCUAGGCCCGAAACGUCAGCCUCUCUGCUCCUAUGAUGCUGCUUGGCCUGCUGUGUUCAUCCAGCCCUGCACCUUGUUGUCACGGAUUUGAGUCCAGUGGGUGGAGACUGCGCCUGCGCGUCACCAUGGGGGUUUGGUUGCUGGGGGAGGGGGAUGGGCUCAUUUCUCUUCAGUCAGAUAGUGGGCAGGGCUGGGCCUGGCCGGACAGGGUAAGGCCCAGGGCUGAGCAGAGCAGCAGAUGUGGGCGGUAAUGUUUCAGGCACCGGCUCGGCUGUGCGCGACGUUACGCCAGCGAGAUCUCCUGCAGCUCAUGUCCGGCUCUUCGCCCGCGUUCAGUCGCCAGGCCCUGCUCCGUAAAACCGGCUCGGCAUCAGCGACGACGGGGACACUGCCGCCAGCGGCGGGAGCACCGGCCCCGGGUGCGACGGUCGGCGCGGCGGCCGUGUGUUCCAUGGGAACUAAUACCAACAGGUUGUACAGUGCUCUGGCUCCAACUGUAACAGAUAAUGGAAUACCACAACCAAAGGAAUACGACGUAGAGACAAACUUAGAACCAGUUGAUCCAACAGACCCCAAUGAUCUCCUCAAAGAAUGUCAGAAGGUGCUCGAAAACCGUCCACCCAGACUCCAGCGGGAUUUUUUGCUUUUAAAGAAAAGUAAUCUUUCUGCUGUGUCUCGUCCGAUCAAGGUCCUACAAUGGAACAUACUAGCGCAAGCUCUUGGAGAAUGGAAGGAUAAUUUUAUUAAGUGUCCAAAAGAAGCUUUGAACUGGUCAGAGCGUAAAUACCUUAUCUUGGAAGAGAUUCUGAGCUACCACCCAGAUAUCUUGUGUCUGCAAGAAGUGGAUCAUUACUUUGAUACCUUCCAGCCAGUUCUCCGUGGGUUAGGCUAUCAUUCAACAUUCUUCCCCAAACCAUCAUCUCCUUGUUUGGAUGUAGAACAUAACAAUGGACCAGAUGGAUGUGCUUUGUUUUUUCUACGGGAACGAUUUGAAUUGAUUGACACUGCCACAAUUAGACUAGCAGCCAGGAUGUUGCAGACCAAUCAAGUGGCUAUUGUCCAAACCCUCCGGUGUAUUGAAACUAGCAAGGUGUUCUGUGUUGCUGUGACUCACCUGAAGGCCUGCAGUGGUUGGGAGCGAUUUCGUUCAUCACAAGGCUGUGAUUUGCUCCAGAAUCUAGAAACCAUUACUGAUGGAGCCAGUAUUCCUAUUAUUGUGUGUGGAGAUUUUAAUGCAGAGCCCACUGAAGAUGUUUACAAACAGUUUACCAAGUCCAGUCUAAAUCUGAGCAGUGCGUACAAGCUACUGAGUGAAGAUGGACAAUCAGAACCCCCCUUCACAACAUGGAAGAUACGACCCUCGGGCGAGAGCUGCCAUACGUUGGAUUACAUUUGGUAUUCCCGGAAUGCGUUUUGUGUGAAUAGAUUGCUGAAUUUGCCUACAGAGGAACAAAUUGGCCCUAAUCGCUUGCCAUCAUUCCACUAUCCCUCAGAUCAUUUGUCGCUUAUUUGUGAAUUUAGCUUUCUGGAUCAAUUUGAUGAAUGUUGACUCCUUUUCAAUCUAUUAUUAAAAGGUGAAAAUUUAGUCAGUACAGUGAAUUAAAUCACUCCUCCCACCUUCCAUUGAACCACUGCCAUUGUAAAUAAUUUGAGACUGAUCUCCCUUCAGAGCAGAAUCGUUAAUAAAAUGCUGUUCAAUGCUUCUGUCUCAACGGCAGUCAGCUGCUUUCUAAAGCCUGAUUCAAAUGCCACUAAAUUUACGGACCAUUUCUUUUAAAGUAUUUGUCUACAUUUUUCUUGGAUGGAGUUUGGGUAGUUUGUCUCAAAUCGAGUGUGGUUUUAUAUGCACAUCAAUCAAUGUGUAGUUUGUGUUGCAUUUUAUUCAGAAAUAAACAGAUGGUCAGUCGUGUCUGAUUUUACACACCA